UUUUUUUUUUUUCUGGUUCAAUAUUUUUUUUUUAUUUCGUUCUCUUUCUUUUAUAUUGACGAUAUGAAAAUAAAAGAAACAAAACACUCUCGAAAAGAACAUGUUACCUCCAAUGACUCGUCUACAAUAACUUACAUUGCGGAACAACAUCAUUGUCCUCAACAAUGCAGUCAUCACCGCUCUUGGUACGACACAAACUAUUCUUGGACAGAGGAAGACGAGAACGAAGUAUUACAGUCUUGGGCAAACCGUACUUUUAUUGCCACUUGUUACAAACUCACUAUUCAAAACGAUCUUCAUACACGACAUCAUCAACCUGGACCUUUGUACUCGUUUUUAGAGAACUUGCAACUUCAUUCCAUGUAUAACAAAUCACAAAAAGUUUUAUUGGGAAUACCAGAUAGGCGUCCUUGUGUAAUAUUAGCUGGUGAUGAUUUUAUGUUUACACCUCCUCCAAACACGGAAACAACCAUUGCUACUGGUACUACUGAUCCUGUUGACUCGACUACAGCUAAGACACUGGCCGAUUCGCCAUCACUUCAUCAACUAGAACCGGAUGAUUUGGAAGAAGACGAGCAAGAUGAAGAAUCGGGCGAUCAUCAUUAUAUUCAAACGUACAAGAAUAGGAUAGAUGAUACAAAAUAUACAUUGGAUGAAGACCUAUGGAUGCGAUAUGAACCUACUUUUCUGCUACGCGUUGUCAAUGAUGCGACAACGAAUGAUUUGGGCAAUACCGACGAUGAUGACAGCGGCGAAGAUGAUAACGAUGAACACGAAGAAACAAUUAUGGCGUGUGAUGAAGAUCAACAAAAGGAUGACCACUUUUUCCUCUCUUAUGAUGAUGCCUCGGAGAAAUCAAUAUCCUCAACAUCAGCAACUGUGCAAUGUUGCCAAGCUGUGGAACAUACGACUUUUCAACGCCGACCUUCGUCGAUAAUGAUGGAAAUAAAUGAUGACCAACAAACCUGUAUUGAUUCAACACCUUGUCAGGAAUACAGUAAGAAUAAUCAAGUAUCAACGGCAACACAAACUAUUGACAGUUCUGCGACAAGUUUAAAAAAUAAAACCAGCGACAAACAGACACUUUCGUGGCGGCAAUGGGUACACCAGUAUAUGGUUUUUAUCACAGCGAUUUGUGGAAGCAGCUUAUUUAGUAGCGGAGGUGGCUGAAUCUAUGGUAACGAAAAUGGAUUACAACAACAAAGCAAGUCAUCAGCAAUACUCUAUUAAGAAGAAGGAUAAUCAUCAUUAUACAACUGUUACUAUCAAUUUUGGGCGAUGUAUUAUUUAUAUUUCUCGAGUAUGGCGCGUCUUCUUCUUGGGUGUGGAAAUUGUAUUGAAUCAACUCUUGUCUUUAGAUACCCCUUCUUUAGUUUCUCCUUUACCCUUAUCGUUUUACCUCAAUUGAAAUUUUUUUUUUUUUAAAUAUCCAACCACUUACUCCAUUGUGCAUUACUGUUUUUGUUAUAUUAUUUGAAAUAAAGUAUCAGAAAAAUCUUUCUUUUUUUAUUUAUUCAUUUAUCCUUCGGAACGAUAUAUAUAUAUGCAACAGUGGGGUGAUGAUCUGGGUUAGUUCAAUUUAGUUUUCUCAGGGACAUGCCAUUUCUAUGACUCAAAAAAAAAUCAUGC